AUGAGCAAGGAUGCAUCUAUCAAUUGGAUGUACGAAGGUGCAAAAGGAAACGUGCAUCGAGAGGAUUACCUGCUGGGAAAGAAAGUGGACAAAAACUUCGAAAAGUACUCGGAUGUGGUAAAUGCUCAGAAGGCGGAUGCGAUCGACUCGAUUGUAAGCACCAGAACAGUGUUCAAUACCGGUCAGUCCACUGGCUUGAAAACUUCUUUUCUUCAAAAGGACAUCAUUAAAUCAGAAGACCCAUUUGUUGCUGUGAGAGUCCGUGAGGAGACGAAGAGACGAGAGCUAAUGGAUAAUCCAUUAAUGAAGGCCAGACUCCAGAACAUGUUAAAAAGUAUGAUGACUUCAAAAAGCGGAAAGAAAAAAGACAAAAAGAGCAAGAAGGACAAAUCGAAGAAAAAACACAAGAAGAGAUCGAGAAGUUCUUCAAGUUCUAGUAGUGAAGACGACGCUCAAAGAUCGAGAAAGGAACGAAAAGUGUCACCGUCUCCUAAACGGAAAAGGAAAACCAGUGAGAGGAGUGAGGAGACAAAAACUGUCGGAAGAAAAGAUUCCAACGAUGAUCAAAGAAAGAGGUCCAGGUCUAAUGAAAGAAGAAGGCGUGACCGACGAGAAUCGCCGUCUCCAAUUAGAAAACGGUCACGAUCGAGAAGUUUGAGAAUGAACCGAUCAUCAAGAAGUAACAGAGCGAGCUCCAGAAGCGUUGAACGAAAUCGAAAAAUGUCAAGAUCUCCAAGACGAAACAGAUCAAGGUCCAGAAGCCCUCUAAAAACUCGUAAGGCGUCGAGGUCUCCGAGACGAAAUAGAUCGCGUUCUCGAAGUGCUGAGAGAGCUCGUAAACAUUCCCCGAAACGGCAGAGAUCGAGAAGUGCAGACACACGCCAUCGCUCUUCACAGCGAUCGCGAGACGAUAGAAAGGAACGCCGCAAAUCAGACUCCAGGUCCGAAUCUCCUGCCAAACAGUCAUCUUCCAAUAGUAAAUCGUCGAGACAAUUUGACUCGCAUGUUCCAGAACAUUUUCAAAAGAACGCAUCUGGAUCACAGUCUGAGUCUGAACAUGAAAGGCGGAGCAGGCGAAGAAGUGAAGAAGACGAUUCGAAGAAGUCGUAUGGAUUAGUAGAGAUGAGAAAACGAACAUCCGAAGAGCGCGAAAUCGCAGCGAAAGGACCGAGCAAAGAGUACAAACUCAUCAAGAUUCCAACAGGACGUGGUACCAACAAUCCUUCGAAUAAGCGAGAGCCCAGAAGAGUGUUGACUGACGAAGAAAAGGCUGCUCGAUUGGCCGAAAUGAAGGCGAACGUGAAAUGGAGAGACGAGGUCCGAACUAGCAAUGUUGCAAAGGGACGAGUUGAAGACGAAGAGGAGAAGGAAGAAGCCGAGAAAAACGGAUACGCUCCUUCGUUCAUAAGAAGCCAGAUGCGUAAUGCUUGCGACGACAUGACUGUGGAGAAACGAUUGCAAAGCAACAAAAAGGGUGUUCAACGCGCUCCCGGGUACAUGGAUCGGAGUUUUGCAAGAAAAUGA